AUGUCAUCACCGAAACCGACCGCCAUUCAGCACGGUCAAGAACAUAUCAAGCGGCCCAUGAACGCCUUCAUGGUUUGGUCGAGGGGUCAACGGAGGAAGAUGGCCCAGGAGAAUCCGAAAAUGCACAACUCGGAAAUUUCGAAAAGGCUGGGCGCGGAGUGGAAACUGUUGAGCGAGAGCGAGAAACGGCCGUUCAUAGACGAGGCGAAGAGGUUAAGGGCUCUGCACAUGAAGGAACAUCCCGACUACAAAUACCGACCUCGACGGAAACCAAAACCGUUGCUUAAAAAGGAACCAAAAUUUGGUUUCUCGAUGUCGCCUCUCAUCUCGCCGUCGAUGGAUAAUCCUGGUCUACAACGGUCCCUGAUGCCCCCCAUAUCCCAAUCGUCGGGUCUCUCGCCCCUCUUAAAUCACGACCCGGACCAUCUGAAACUUUCCAGAUCGUUAUUCCCUCCGUUACCAUAUUUAUACCAUCCGUUCCGGCAUCCGGAUGAAUCGAAAUUUGCAGCGGAACUCGCGUUAUUGUACAGCAAUAACCCGCUAUAUCCGCCGGGCAUAAACUGGCCAAUUAGCAAUCUCACUGCAAAUAACGUUAACGGUAGUCCGUGUAAUAUUUGCCCGCCGCCAUUUGCCAGACGGACGCCCAGUCCGGACGCCAUAAAGAGACCGGUCUGCGUCAUAAUGAAAAACGACGAAUUCCGGAACGAUCCGGUGCCAGCGCACGUUAUAUGA